CUUCUAUAGCAAAUUUAACUGGGACUCAGCAAAACUGGACAACCAAAAAUAUACAGAUAAAUGGAGGAAAAUCUCUACAUCAAAUAAAGAUAAAAAUGGAAGAGAAGACUGCUAUCGACAGAAUUAUUCUUACAGGGUCCAGUUGUGUUUGUUCAGACUGGACAUUUGGUCGAAACUGUGUCAAAUGUGCCUGUGUCCGAAUGCACACACAAACCUGUGAUAAAACCACUGGGGCUUGUCACUGUAAAGCAGGAUAUACCGGAACUGCUUGUCAGUGCAAUGAUGAUGGAAAACCUUGCCUCCAUAAUGUUAGAUUGGUGAAUGGAAACUCAACAAAAAUGGGCAGAGUAGAAGUGGUCACUGAAGGUAUAUGGUCCACAGUCUGUGCCGAGAACUGGGAUAAUAGUGAUGCAACAGUAGUCUGCAAGCAACUGGGACUCGGAAAUUAUGGCAUUGCAAAGACAAACGCUGCAUUUGGAAAAGGAAUUGGACCCAUUUCUGUCAACAACGUUGCUUGUAAAGGAAAUGAGAUCAAUUUGUUAGAUUGUCCAUUCACUCGAACUUCAUGUGACCACACUGAUGAUGCAGGGGUAGUAUGUGCCAAUACAUCGAGUAUAAUCCGAUUGCGAGAUGGUACUAACAGGACAAAUGGUCGUCUAGAGAUCAAACUUGAUGAAAAUGAUUCCUGGGGUACGGUUUGUGACGACAUGUUUGGAAAAGCGGAUGCAAGAGUAGCAUGUCGACAGUUAGGUCUACCCACGAGAAAUGUUCAGGCAAAAACAUCUCCUUACCGUGGACAAGGAUCAAUUCCGAUUCUUUUAAACAAUGUUCAGUGCGACGGUGCUGAAGCCGCCAUUCAAUCGUGCACUGGAACAAAAUAUCCCUCUGACUGUGAUCAUAGUGAAGACGCUGGCAUUUCUUGCUCAGAUGACUGUCCGCCAUUUACAUAUGGAAAAGAAUGUGAAAACAGUUGUAAUUGCAACCGUAGCAAUUCCUUGUCAUGUGACAAAGACACUGGGGAGUGCGAGUGUAAGAAUGGAUGGUCAGAUGCCCGUUGCACGUGCGGACUACAAACGAAAUGUGACGAAAACUCGCACUGUGUUGGGUUUAAUUGUCUCUGUAAUGAUGGUUUUUUCACGAAACCAUCCAACUGCUCAGAUGUUACGGAUGUUUUGUACUCCUGUUCUUUUGAAACAGAUUUUGAUGCUUGCUUCAUAAAAAAUUAUGGCGAAAUGAAAUGGAGGAAAGGCAUCGAUCGAACACGUAGUAGUAACACGGGCCCAUACUCGGCGCGAGAGGGUAAACACUAUGUGUAUACAGAGGCGAACCUGCAAUCCACCGGCGAUAAAGGAAUAAUGGAAAUUCCAGUUUCAAACCUAAAUAUUACCACACAUGCCUGCUUCCAAUUUUACUUUCACAUGAGAGGGGAUGAUAUGGGUGAUUUGAAUAUAACGGUGCAGGACACAAAUUUUUCAGAAAUUACUAGAUGGUCAAAGUCGGGACAUUAUGGUUCCCGCUGGGACAAAGGCCAUGUUUCUUUCCCAUCCACUGCAGCUGUGAUAAAUAUAACUGGAAUAAGAGGUGACGGCCAUAAUUCAGAUUUAGCACUGGACGACUUCAAAAUCUUUCAAGGACAUUGUGACUGCAAUGAAUGGAAAUAUGGAUUGAUGUGUGAAGAAUCAUGUGAUUGCAUAAGAAGAACAUCUGAAGGGUGUAAUAGUCAGACCGGAAGCUGUAUUUGCCAGUCAGGAUGGAGUGGGAAAACGUGUAAUUGUAGGAGAUCACCAGACAACUGUAACCCUGAAUACUCUUAUUGCAAUGGAGACAUGUGUUUAUGUAAAGAUGGCGUGUACGCUAACGGUGUUAAUUGCUCUGGUAUCGACGACAUCAUAUAUUUCUGUACAUUUGCUAUGGCAGACAGUGUCAGUCGAUGCAACAUUGAAUUUUCGUCUAUGCUUUGGGAGAAUAAAAAGGUGGAGUCAUAUGCUUUUGCUAAUAAUAGUUAA